AUGGUGAGGGAGGCGCACGAGCUCCUGGACGGCAGCAGACCCAUCCCCAUCGAUAAAAUCACGUACGAGCUGUCCCAAAAUAUCAUCCUGGCAUUUGACAGCAACGAAUUGGCCUCGAGCAAAGACACGCAAAUAGAAGUGGAGACAAGGAUAGGUCUCGUAAUCGACAAAAAUAAAAACAGGAUAAGAUUACCAAGCAACACAGAUGCCAUCGUAGAAAAUAAUUACUCGGAUUUUUCUUCAGGAGUGGAUAAGCAAUCCUUUGAGUAUUUAUUAAAUUAUUUACACUCCCUUCGGGGAAAGGAGAGGAACAAAUGGGGCGUCAGUUACGGACGAGUCAGUAGCGGAGUGGAAAACACAAAAAGGUUAAAGGAGGACAUGGGGAUAAAAACAAAUGCUUGUGCUGAUGGAAAGGUGAACAGUAUAGAUAAGUAUUACAUCCUGCAGAGUGAUAAUUCUCGAGUUCGUGUUACAACAUAUUUGAAUGACGACUCGGGAGGGGAGAGCGAAAGCAUGGCGAAGUCGUUAUGCAAAAGGAAUUUAAACACAUGGAAUAUUUACAUGGGGAAUAAUAAAAACUACUUUGAUGAGGUGGAUGAAGAGGACGAUGAGGAUGACGAGGAGGAGACCAAAGGGAAGAAAAAAAGGAAGACUGACCAGGGAGGGAGUGGGAGCGCAAAUGGGAACGCAAAUGUGAGUGGAAGUGGAAGUGGAAGCGGACAUGCGCGAUCAGGUGACGACUCCGUAGACUAUCGAAUAGCAAUUAACUUGGAACAAACGAAACGGAUAAGCAAACUAUUUCUGUCGAAAAUCUCACCUGUACACGAAAGGGUAAAAGAGAGGACAUCCUUCAUAAAUAAAUUUUUGGGCAUCCAACUGGAUUUGACAAAAAUUAAAACCAAGGAUGAUGGAGAACUGUACGAAAUUGAAAUUGAAAUUCUUUCGAAAAGCAUUUUAAAAGCUAUGUCUAAUUUACGAAAUAAAAAUGAUUCAAAUUAUUUGCUUUUUAUUUGUUCGAAUUUGAUAAAUAAUGCGCGCGGGAUAUGUAGGGAGUUGUGUCAUUUUCGGAAGAGGCAAACUUUGGGGAAAGAACUCGGCUUGGAUGGUGUUGGGGGGGACAAGGGUGUGCAAAGCAGUUAUGUACACUCAUCGAGGGAAAAAAGGAAAUUUGAAAAAUAUGUGCAUUCGGUGACCCCUAUCAUCGGGGACUACAUGUACAGGGUUGUUGCCAAAAAUGAAGAAAAAAUUCACGCCAUGCUGCGCGAGGAGAGCCUGUCCAACAAAAGCAAAAUCGAGGCUUUGCAAAAACUUAUCGACAUUCGACGCCACAAUAAGAAGUCAGUAAAGAAGAUCAGCGAGACGUAUGCAGAGAAUCGCUGGAGGGUUGUACGCACACAGGGGGCGCAGGGCGAGGUCGUUCUGGUCAGUGAGGGCAGCGAGGGAACGGAAGAACCGGGCGAAAUGGGCGAACUGCGCGAUGUGGACGACGUGGAUGAGCGAGGCGCGGAGAAGGUGGAGCCCACUGGAUUCAACUUCGACAACAGCAGCGCGAGUGGAAGCGAAGGGGAGGGAGACAAAGGCGAAAAGGGCAGCUCACAGCGCGAUGGCAGUAAGUAUAAGAAUUUCUACAGCGACACGUGA